UGAGGAGUUGGACCGCUAAUGCCUAUGAAUUGCUGGCCUAUCCUGCCCAACCAUCCCUGAACGUCUAAUAUAUAAUCUCCCAACCCAACCCUCCUCCCUCCAAAACUCUUCUCUUCCUCCUUAAUACAUCUCAACCAACAGUUCUUCUUUGCUUCCCUCCCCGUCGCAAAUACUCUCAACUAUAUAGCAUAGUCAAAAUACAAAAAGAAACCCAAAAAAGAAAACAAGAAAUCUUGCUCCGUUCCAAAGUCCGCUGCGCUCAGCUCUUUGCGUCUCCUCAUCACUUGCACACACAUCUAACAUUCAGAUCUCUCUCCUCGCUCUUCUACUCCCUCACCAAGCAAUCUCGCCACCAUGGCAGCAACCCAAGAAGAGCUCUCCGCCCUCUUCUCCCGUACCCUCUCCUUCCAACCCCCCGCUCCCGCCCCCGCUCCCGCCCCCGCCCCCGCCCCCGCCCCCGCCCCCGCACCCGCGCCAAUCCACCAAACCACCCCUCCCACCGAAGCAAUCACCUACUCCAUAACGCAACACUACCACCACUCCUCUCACAUCACCUCUCAACCCGCCCCCACCCCUACCCCCGCCGCACCCACCACCGACGCCCACACAACCUCCAUCAUCCUCUCCCGCCACGGCGUCGACGCCACCUCCCUCUUCCCCUCCCAACUCGCGCUCUUCCAAUCCGCCGAGCCAGCACAACAAAUGCGUCUCGUCGAACUCUGGCGCAUCUCCCCCCCAACCUACGGCGGACACGCCCUCGCGUCCGAACAGCCUCAGUGGCCUGCUACGAGCGUCGCGCAGGAGGAGGCAGCGGCGCAGGCGAGGUAUGAGCGCGCUAUGCUGGAGGAGAGGGCUGCGAGGCACCAGGAGGGGGGGGGGGAUGAUGUCAUGAGUGAUGGGGAGGCGAGUAAUACGCCUCUCACUCCUAUUCUCGGCGGGGGAGAUGGACGUGGUGGGGGUGCGGUGGAGCCGUAUAUGACGUCGGGAUACGAGGCGUUGGCGGCGAGGGAGUAUGAGAUUUCGGCGCAGCAGCCGGCGAAGGACGCGUAUUCGCAUUUUGGAACUGCGAUGGGGAAUGCGCCAGCGGUGGCGGCGUAUAGUAGGGCGACAGAUCCAGUGUAUGCGGGUGUGGCAGGGGCUGGGUGGGCGACUAGGGGGGAGCAGGAGCAGAGGGCCGCGAUGGAGGAUGCGUAUGGGGGGUUUGUGCAGAGGGGGUAUGGGGGGGUGUGUUUUGGGUAUACGGGGGAUCAGGAGAUGUUGUAGGGGGCUUUAGGGGUAUUUUGUUAUUCAAGGGGUGGGGUGUGGGGGGCCAUUUGGCACAUAUUGCGUUGUGGUGUGGUGUGGCAUGUACGAGAGGAGAUGGGGGCCGGUGAAGGGAUAAGGGGUAUACUAUAUGUUCUCCGUCGGGGUCAGGUUAUUUGUUUCCUUGCGUUCUAGUCAGCUUUACAGCUUUACCUCCCUCUAUGUUAUUUGCUUGCUUUUGCUAUUUGGUUCUUUUAAGGAGUCAAUUUGCUGGGGACCGUUUGUUAUUCGGCCCGAGGUACGUCGUCUCCCUCCUUUGCUCCCAAACUAUAACCAUGCCCCGGUCCCCCAAACAACCCUCGUCUUUCUUCUUUCCUUAGGUAGACUAUGCAUUUACGUGUAGGAGUUGGGGGUUAUUUAUUCUCAAUAUUUAUUUUUAAUGAGAGUUUUCCAAUAACGUAUUUCACAAGCAAGUCGGACACACAAGCAGGUCGGACACAAAAACACCAAAAUCCGAGUAUUACUACUAUUACACUACCACCACCCUACAUAAUGACC